UUACGCCAAUUGUAGUUUUCAAACUCAUCCAGCGGUCGAUUUCUGAACCUAUAAAUAUCCUUGAUUUGUUGUGUUUAGUUUUGCUCUCUUCAAUUCUUCUCUUUUUAGUGCUAUCGGUAAGAAAUGAGGGUCUACCUCUUUUUUUCUUGGACUCCAUCCCGGUCAAGUUGAACUAAACAAUUAAGAUCUAUUUCGUUCAGUGCACCAAAAAGGAAAAAUGCCGAGAAAAAAGUUGAGUGACGAGGAGAGAACAAAACGUCGAAAAGAACGGGAUAGACUAAGAUCAAACAGAAAUGUAUACAUCGGAAACCAGAUGAAACGUUGGUUUGAUCUAAAGGAUCGAUUGGCGCUCGUAUCCAAUGUUGAAUUCACCAAGAAAUUGCUUGAUAAGUUUGUUGAAUCUGAGGUAGCAGUGACAUGUGACUGGACUAACCUAUCCACAACACCUAUAGCAGGUCUGAGUUCAGGGACAAACCUAUCGACAACACCUAUGGCAGGUCUAAAUUCGGGGUUACCAAUGUCAACGCUAACUAUAAGCCGUCGACCAAUGAAAUUCCAGCCACUAAGUUCUGAUGAACUUUCAUCUAACAAAUCAAGGAAGCAGUGUUGUGAACCACAGAAAUCAGAAAAAUAUGCUGUAAGAUUUAGCAACAGUAACAACAUUUCAUCAGCCCUGAGAAAAGACACAAAAUAUGCAGACAUGAUUUUCCUGAUUAAAGAUGGUGCUGAAGUAACUGCUCACAAAACAAUACUUUCUCUAUUUAGUAAAGCAUUGCAAGAAAAUGAUGUUAGAAAGUGUAUUAAUCCAAUACUCAGUGAUGCCACACAAUGUGGUCUCGAUGGUUUCCUUGAUUUAGUAUAUGGCCUUGAAGUGCCAUUGACAACUGAAAACUUUAAUGAUAUAUUACAUGUUGCUGAAGUGCUC